GAUGCAAAAGUCCAUUGCUGAAAGGGCAAGAUUGUGGAAGCUAUUCGACAGUACUACUUCAAAAACUUAUAUGUGGAAUGCGCAUGCAAUUUCUUUCGCGUUCUCUUUGCUCAGUAUGCUACAGCGCCUUGUGUGUUAGUUUUGGCCGUGGACAGAUACAUAGCAGUCUGCUGGCCGACAUAUGCCAAGCAGAUUAUGAGUAGGAAAGUGCGAAUGGUUCUAUGUUGGGCGAUUACUGCUUUGCUGGUUGCUGUUUUUGCAGCAGCUUCAACGCGAGUGUGGAUUAAUUUCGGCACCAACUACGUUAGCUGUACCUCAAUGAUGUACAAAAGUGCUCACGUGAAAAACCUACUGGACACUGUGUUUUUCUAUCUCGUCCCCGCUCUCAUCUCACUCACUCUCUACUCUGUCACAGGAUAUCGACUCAUGGGUGCCAGUCGCAACAGAAAGCUACGCAACAGAAACCUGACAAUUGCCCUGAUUUUUUCAACUGUGUUCUGGAUUAUCUGCUGGGCGCCACAGAGCUACUACUACCUGUACUCUACGUAUGCGAUUGGAGAGAAAGACUUCGGCUGGAAAAUAUACAAGCAGGAUCUGGGUUUCUUCGUUCUGGAGGAAAUGAAAACUAGCUUGGUCAUGUCACACGCUUACGUCAGCCCUCUUCUGAUUCUUUUCAUAUCUCGCAAAUUUCAGGAACCGUUCCGACGUUGGUGGCACAAAUAUGUAGCCAGUAAGAUCUGGGGAGCCGAGAAAACGUACAUUGGUCCCAUGCCUUCGACAUCUGCCGGAAGCACUAAUGGAACAUCCGCCGAUACAGAAAUCAAGAAAAACUAA